GGUUUCAUGGUUUAGGGGUUUACGGCUUCGUUGCAGAGAGCCACUGCAUCGUUUUAGGUUUUUUUGAGGUCUAAGCAAUGGCGUUUUGGGGAAUUGAGGUAAAACCUGGUAAGCCAGUUAAGCAUCAAUAUGAUAGCGAGAGGGGAAGGCUUCAUGUAUCAAAGGCUACUUUGGGUCAUGGUUCAUCAACUGAGAGGAGUAGCCUACAGUGUAACAUAGGAAAUAAGAGCCCUGUUCUUUUAUGUGUUCUUUCGGAAAACCACACUGAUAAUUGUUCUAUAGAUGUUGAAUUCGAGGAGGAGGAAGAGGUGGUGUUCUCUGUUUUGGGCCCUCGAAGUGUGCACCUAAUUGGUUAUUACAUGGUUCCUGAUCGUGGUCCCGAAGAGGACUCUGAAUCUUAUGGGGAAGAUAUUGAUGUUGAGACAGAAGAAGAGUCAAGCUACCAUAGCUCAGAUGAUGAAUAUGAGGACGAUUUUAUUAAUGAUGAUGAUCUUGAUAUGUUUCCAGAUUCACCCCGGCCCAAGAGUGGAGUUACGAUUGAGGAGAUAAUUGAUGAUGAAGUUCCUUCAAAUGGUCAUGUUCCUAAAAAUUUGAAGAAGAAGCUUCAGAAAGUUGAAUCGGAAGAUGAUUGCAAGGACAAGCAACUAUCAGUGAUCAAAAGGACUAGAAACCAACGUAUAGAGUCGGAUAGUGAAGAUGAAGAUGGGUUACCGAAACCUUCAAUAAAAGAUGGUGGUAAGGAUGCUAAAGUUGCUGAAGCAAAAGAAAACUCUGGAACAGCUAAUGAAGAGGGAGAGAAAGAAACUCAAGUUAACGGUCAGGAUGAUGUAUUUCCUGGUUCAAACAGGAAACUUGACGGCAAUGAACAAGUUGGAGCUGGAAAGAGAAAGAAAAGAGGCCAAUUAGAUAUUCCUUCAGAUCCAUCAGGUGCACCUGUUCUUGAAAGUGAUGGAAAGAAGAAAAAAGACAAGAAGAAGAAGAAGAAGAAAAACAAAAGCGAAAAUCCAAUCUCAGAAAAGGAUCAACAAAUACAGGAAGCACAAGAGCUAACUAGCGGUACUCCAGGUCAACCUUCGGACAUUGAAGGGAAAAGACUAGAAUCGGAUGAAAGAAUUCCAAUUGAAUCAACUGAUCAAGCCAACGCUAAUCUUGAUGGGGAUGUUAAAAAGAAGAGGAAGAAAAAGAAGGCCAAGACUCAGGAAAAUGAUAAAAGCUCUGACGGAGUAGCAUCUGCGGUGGUGGAAGAAAAAUCAGAUAUGCCACUUGCAAAAGGAGCAAGGACCUUCUCCAAUGGCUUGGUUGUUGAGGAUAUAUCGAUUGGUCAACCAGAUGGGAAAAAGGCAGAUAAAGGACGCAAGGUUUUGGUGAACUACAUUGGCAAGCUUAAGAAGAAUGGAAAGAUUUUUGACUCUAAUAUUGGAAAGAGGCCUUUUAAGUUUCGAUUAGGUAUCGGAGAAGUCAUAACAGGCUGGGAUGUCGGUGUCAAGGGAAUGCGAGUUGGGGAUAAACGCAGAUUAACAAUUCCUCCAUCUAUGGGUUAUGGAUCCAAAGGAGCGGGGAUGAUACCUCCAAAUGCUUGGCUAGUGUUUGAUGUCGAGUUGGUUGAUGUCCAGUGAUGAUGUUUGUAUCUGGGAAGUUAAAUUCUCCUCUCUUUUUUUUUAUGUUGUUUUUGCGGCUUAUUGAACUGCGUGGGUAGAGAGAGAAUUACGUGACACUAUAAUGCUCCUCUUUUUUCAUGCAUGUAUUGAGGAUGAGCAUCAUUUUUGGAAAAGCACGAUAUUCAGUCAAUGUUUUAUAUAAUUUUUGGCA